UCUAACAAUCAGUUUAGGUUAUGUAUCAAUAUUUUCAUUCUACUAGUUACUUCGGAACUAAAAUACCUGUGUAUACAUUUUAAAAUUCAAGCUGUGUACUAAUCAUGUCGACACGAUGGUAUCCCAUUUAUCAGAGAGGGAAUCCUCAACUACGAGUAUUUUUACCUAACUUUUGGAUGAAAUUGGUACGCCCUUAUCCAAAGCAACUUCCAAACGUUGUACAGUUUCAUUGCUCAAUGGAAAUGACAAAAUUUGACAUAAAAAAUUAUUUAGAAAAGAUCUACAAUAUUCCCAUUGUAGAUGUGAGGACUAACAUUAAAGUAGGAAAAUUCCGUAAAGAUUAUGGCAAAGGAUACAUUGUAAAAGAUGACGACAUAAAAUGUGCCUACAUUGUUUUACCAAAAGAUAUGACAUUCAAAUAUCCCGAUCUAUUUGAAGGUCUAAAGAAAGAGGAUGAAGAGAGUAUGAAGUCUUUAGACGAAGCCAAAAAGAGUUUCAAUGACUACUUAGAGAAAAAUAAAGAAAGAACAGAUGUCCCUAGCUGGUUUUCUAUUUAAAGUUGUUUAGUCAGUACUUUUUGUUCAUUAGAAUAUUUAACAGUAAUUGUACAAUGUAAGUGUAUAUUAGUAAAAUUAAAAAAAGUUAUUGUGAUAA